AUGGCUGAAAAGGCGCCUUUCGAGAAAGAAACAAGCUUGACCACUGACACUUUGGCCAAAGAAAUGGGAAAGGAGGAACAACAAGUGGAAGCUGAAGUUGAGGCUGAAGAUACCAGCAACUAUCCCCACGGACUGAAGCUCGUAACUUUGAUCGUCGCCCUAUGCCUGGCCGUCUUCCUUGUGGCGCUGGAUCAAACUAUCAUUGCCACGGCAAUCCCCAAAAUCACCGAUCGAUUCAACAGCGUCAACGACAUUGGCUGGUAUGGCAGCGCGUACUUCCUGACCAGCACCGCGCUACAGCCUAGCUUUGGCCGCAUCUACAAGGUCUUCCAGAUCAAAUGGGUCUUUCUCUCCGCCAUCAGCGUCUUUGAAUUGGGUUCCUUGAUCUGUGCUGUUGCGCCGUCCAGUACUGCCCUAAUUGUCGGGAGGGCAAUUGCAGGCAUUGGCGUCGGUGGAAUCUUCUCGGGAUCCUUGGUUAUCAUUGCCCAUUCUCGUAAGCAAAUCAAGACAGCUGAUGUCAAUCUUCAAGCACUGACGACAGCCGGUACAGUCCCUCUGAUCCGCAGGCCUAUGGUCUUUGGACUCUUUGGUGCCAUGUGGGGAUUGGCUAGUGUCGCAGGGCCUUUGCUCGGAGGUGUCUUCACUGACAAAAUCUCCUGGCGAUGGUGCUUCUAUAUCAACCUCCCGAUCGGCGGCUUUUCUAUACUCGUUGUCCUGCUAGUCCUCCACAUCCCUCAAGACCCAAAACUUUCCGAGAAGCCAAUCUUCAAGCGGAUUCUCGAACUCGACCUCGUUGGCGCGGGAAUCCUCAUUCCAGGCAUCAUCUGUCUGUUGUUGGCUGUGCAGUGGGGAGGCUCAACUUACGCAUGGAGCAAUUCUCGGAUCAUUGGCCUUUUCGUCGGUGCAGGCUGCCUUCUAGUCCUCUUUGGCAUCUCUCAAUGGCGUCUGGGUGAAGCGGCCACCAUUCCUCCCCGCCUCUUGACCCAACGUACUCUGAUGGCCGCCUGUGGGUUCGUUUUCUUUUUCGGGGCCGGCGUCUUUGUCCUCAUGUACUACCUGCCUCUUUACCUCCAAAGCGUCAAAGGGUCCUCGCCUACACGCUCCGGUAUCCAGAUCUUGCCCUUGAUGCUCUCCACCGUUUUUACUUCCAUCCUCGCAGGAAUCCUGGUGACCAUCAUUGGCUAUUACACCCCUUUGCUCAUCGGCGCUAGUGCGCUCAUGACUGUCGGUUACGGCCUGAUCAGUACCUUCACGAUCGACUCGCCCUUCCGCGAGUGGUUCGGGUAUCAGAUCUGCGCGGGUCUUGGGGCAGGCUUCGGAUUCAAUCUCCCUCUUGUGGCGGUCCAGACUGCCUUGCCGAUGAAGGACAUCCCUCAGGGCACCGUUCUGCUCAUGUUCUGUCAAUCGCUGGGUGGCGCGCUUUUCAUCGCCGUCGCCCAGUCCGUGUUCUCCAAUGGUUUGGUCAGCGGCGUCGCCAAAUACGCGCCAGAUAUUGACCCACAGCUCCUCAUCAACACGGGUGCAACUGCUAUCCGCAGCGUGCUGGCUAAGAUCGGGAUGGAGGAUCACCUUCGCCAAGUUAUUGAAGCAUAUGUAUAUGCCUUGAAGGAUUGCUACCGCGUAACUGUUGCUGUGUCCGGCAUUUCGUUCAUCGCGGCAUGCUUCCUGGAGUGGAAGAGCGUGAAGAAGGCCAAACAGGCAGGCGCAGAGGCCAUGCCAGCAAUGGGAUAG